UCUACAUCAAAGCCGAGGCCGAAACCGCGAGAGACCCUUCGGACAGUGUUCAGCUGAUCUAUGUCAACACAACGUCGUCGUGGAGCAUUCUCGAACGGACGUGUGAUUGGGAAGAAGCAGACCUAGAGCCAUGCCUGAGGUAGACCAGAGUAAGGAAGUGAAGGUAGAGAAGGUACAGGAGGUGGAGGUGGAAGGAAAAGUUGAGGAGGAGGUUUCAGAGGAAUGGCUUGAUGUCUUAGGAAGUGGAGACCUCAAAAAGAAGGUGAUAAAACCAGGAGUAAUUGACUCAAGACCAGUAAAAGGUGACACGGUUACAGUUCGAGCAGCUGGAAGGCUUGACGAUGGCAAAGAAGUGGAUGUUCACGAUGAACUUACAUUCACAGUUGGAGACAGCGAGGUGGUACUUGGAUUGGACAUGAUUGUGCCUCUGAUGGAUAAGGGAGAAAUGGCAGAAGUUUACAUCGGUGCCAGGUAUGACCAGUAUUGA